AUGGCUUCCUCGGUUUUUUUCAAGUUCAAGUCGCAAAAAGAGCCGACGCGAGUCGAGUUCGAUGGCACCGGCAUUUCUGUGUUCGAGCUUAAGCGCGACAUCAUCCUGAAGAGUGGUCUUGGCGACGGAACUGACUUCGACCUGGCCAUUUACUCUGAGGAUGGAAGUGAAGAAUACGACGAUGACACGACAAUCAUUCCUCGAUCCACGACCGUAGUCGCUCGCCGACUACCUGCCGCGAAACCCGGUGCUGGCCGCGGCGCUAGAUAUGUCUCCGGCAAGAUGCCCGUCGCCGCGAAGAACUCCUCUCGAAAGGAGCAAACGACCAAGUCCGCAACGGCCAAGGCGGCAUCGAAUGCCAUCAGCCAGAUGAACAAUGCCAUGACGGAAGAAGAGAAGAUGGCGGCCAUGUUCCAGGCCCAGACCGAGUCUUGGUCUGCCCAACAGGAGGAGAUGUCACACCAAACACCAGUUUUUAAGCCUGGAUCCAAAAAGCCUGCCAAUGUGCCUGAUCAUGAUCCUCCCAAUGGAUACAUUUGCUAUCGCUGUGGAGAGAAGGGACACUGGAUUCAACUCUGCCCGACGAAUGAUGACCCUGAGUUUGACAACCGUCCUCGCGUGAAGCGUACUACGGGUAUCCCCCGCUCAUUCCUGCGCACCGUUGACAAGUCAGUCGCCCUCGCACAGAGCGGCGACGACGAGACCAAGAGACCUUCUGGUAUUAUGGUCAACGCUGAGGGAGAAUUCGUUAUCGCUGAGCCUGACAAGGCAUCGUGGGAACAGUUCCAAGCCAAGGCCAAGUCUUCAGCCUCCGCUGCCAAGGCGAUUGCUAUGGGAGACAAGGAGUUGCAGGAGAGAGGAUUGGAAUGCCCCAUCGACAAGAAGAUGUUCAUAGACCCAAUGAAGACCCCGUGCUGCCAGAAGACGUAUUGCAAUGAUUGCAUCACAAAUGCUCUCAUCGAAUCGGACUUCGUCUGCCCCAACUGUUCUAACGAGGGCGUUUUGAUCGACGACCUGAAACCUGAUGAGGAGGCCGCCGACAAGAUCAAGCAGUAUCUGAACGAGAAGACUGAGGCCAAGAGCCCGACGGCAACGGCCGCAUCCCCCGCUCAAGCCGCUUCGCCGAAAGAGAACACGGAAGAGGCGAAGACGGAGACUGCCAACGGAACUGCGAAAUCACCCACACCUCAGAAGUCGCCUUCAACCGCCCCGGCCACCACAGCGGCCCCUGCAGCCGACGGCACACCCAAGUCAACAUCAGCCACACCCGCAACUGCCUCGGCGAAACCUGUCGAUCGUGCUGGCUCCGAAGAAUCCACCAAUUCCAAGAAACGGCCUGCCGAUGAGUUGAUGGAGAACCCAAAGAUUCCCAAAGCCCCCAAGGCAAUGCAGAAGCAGCAGGAACAACAAGCCAUGAUGAACGGCAUGAACGGCAUGGGCAACAUGCCAAUGAACCCCAUGAUGGGCUUCGGCAACAUGAACAUGAUGAACGGCUUCAUGGGUAUGCCUAAUAUGCCCAACAUGCCCAACAUGCCCAAUAUGGGCAACAUGAACAUGGGUAUGCCGAUGAUGGGCAUGAUGAACCCGAUGAUGGGUAUGCCGGGCUUCAACCCGAUGAACGGAGGCGGCUUCGACAUGGGCAACAACAACUGGAACGGCGGUAACUUUGGCGGAAACAUGAACGGCAUGAAUGGUAUGAACGGCGGAAUAAAUGGUGGAAUGAACGGCGGUAAUAUGAACGGCGGUGGUAUGAAUGGUGGGAUGAACGGGGCCAUGGCCGGCGGCUUCAACCAGCAACGCCACAACUUCACCCAGCCGAACAACGAGGAUGACGCCUACUUCAGGAGACCAGUCAAUCCCCACCGCCACCAGAAUCGCCAACGUCGCGUAAGGCCUAGUGACUACCGCGAGCUCUGA